AUGCCUUCACCUUCAGACUCCAGCAGCGUAGCCUCAGCCUCUGGGUCUCGGGGUUGGUCCGACAGCCGUAGAGGCAUGUCAGGUCGGGGGCCCGGUGGAGCCCGUCUGCUCCUCUACCUGGGUCUGUGCCACCUGGGCCUGGGAGCUAUGGUCCUGGGUUUCUCCUUCACAAGCAUGGCCUUCACCUCCUCUGCUCGCGUCAGACAGUCCUGUCCAUUCUGGGCCGGCUUCUUUGUGGUGGCAUCAGGGAUAGUUGGGAUAAUCUCGUGGAGAAGACCUUUGACGCUGGUGGUGUCCCUGUUCAUGCUGCUGUCUGCGGUGUGUGUGAUCCUCAGCCUGGCCGGCUCAAUGCUCUCCUGUCAGAAUGCACAGAUGGUCAAGUCUAUGCUCACCUGCCAGAUGGAGAACGGUCUGUGUGUGUGUUGUGCACCCACUCACCCCUGCUCCAUUGAAGCAGAGGAUACACUGGUCCUGUACCUGAAUGCUGACUGCCACUCGGUCAGACAUCAGCUAAAAGAUCUUUUGUUCAGCGCUUGUGGUCUCAGCAUCCUCUCCACCAUCAUUUGUACGCUGUCCACUGUGACUUGCAGUAUUCACAUAUUCUCCCUGGACCUUGUGCACCUGUUGGCGCCACAUCGCUCUCGGUCCGUCAACCCAGAAUGCACCACUCCUCAGGAUGCCUUCCUGACCAACAUCAUGGACUUUGAAGAGUUUGUCCCCCCCAUCCCUCCACCGCCCUACUAUCCUCCUGAAUACACCUGCAGCUCCGAGACAGACGCUCAGAGCAUCACCUAUAACGGCUCGAUGGAGAGCCCUGUUCCUUUAUACCCCACUGACUGCCCCCCUCCUUACGAAGCUGUGAUGGGCCAAAGAGCUGUCAGCCAGGCCACAGUGUUUGACACCCACGGUUCUGAGCUGUCUGGAGAGAGAGGAACUUCUACUGCCUUCAGUGGAGAAGUCUCCAUGGACUGUGGGUCUCUGUUGAUGUCAGAGAUCGUGGACAUCCCAGAUGAUUCGUCUCCGUCCGAGGACUCCUGUUUGUUAGAGGUUGGGCUGAGGAACCAGGGGGAACGGAGCAGCAGAACCACUACUGACAGGGGGGACCUAAGCUUUCGUGGUUCUUUGACUCAAACACCAGAGAGCCCCCUAGCAGGAGGACCGAGAGCCAGGAGGUUCCUUCGAGGAGAACGGUCCAACUCCUGUUCUUCACCGAGCACAGCCACCAACACGUACAGGUCUCCAGUGCUGCAUCGCCAGGCGAUGCUAACUAGUAGCUGCUCUCAGCUAGAAGCAAUAGGGAGAUCCACUAAUCAACAGGGCUCUUCCAUCCCUGAGAUUCAAGUUGACCCUUCCACCCCUCUAAACCAAGGAGCCAUCCUGGCCUCCUCUAAUCCUCCAUUUUCAUGUUCCUCUGCUGCUGGCGAGCACGGAAAUGGACCAUCCCUCCCACAUCAGCCCUCCUACCUCCGCCGACGAGCUGAGAGAAGCAUAAAAGAUGGAGGGAAUGUGAGACGACAGAGCGAGGGCUUUUUACGUCUCCUGAGGUCGCACAGUGAGCCAGGUCUUGGCUCCUCUACAGACACAGGUGAGUCAGCAUGAAUAUGUCUCUCAGGGAGAAGCAGUUCCAUCCAAGUGGUUCCAGCAUCUACAGAUACAGCUCCGUCCUCAGAGGCGUGUUUGUUGCCUCCAGUGUCUCUGCCUCCCGCCGCAGCUCUGCCCGUUAAAGGCAGCAUGAAGUUAGCAGCUACAGGGGUGCAGGUCCCCACCAAACCUGCCCCCACCUCCCCGCUACGUUUACCCAAAGACUGCCACCGGUCUUUAGGAGACCUCAAGGUGACUCGGGGUCUGGUGGCUCGCUUCCUGCACCGUUCCAAACGUAACCUGGGGCCGUCUUCAGAACACGUUGGGGGCUCAGGGCAGGGGCCAAAGAGGAGGAAUGGAGCUGAGACUGCUCUCCCCGAUCACCUGCCCUCCGAGCAGAUGUUGCGGGCCCCUUGGAGCACCAGCCGAGGACACCCCACCCACCACCAUCACCCUCGUCCCCGCGGACACCACCAUUCCCACAGCGACAGCCGACACAACCGGCAUCACGGCAGCCGGGUGCUGGAGGGGAUCCACCUGCGCAGCUGCGGAGAUUUAAGCUCCUCCUCCUCGCUGUGUCAGCUGGUGACGGCCCACCACGGCUCGUCUGGAGCGCUCCAUUCAGAGUCUGCACUGUGAGGAGGAGACGGGGGCGAGGAAGGAUGGAGUUAACGAGAUAAGAUGUUAAAAGUCUUCGCCUCUCUUCUGUUCUCUGCGCCCCCUCCAUUUGUCAGCUGUGCAAAUGGCCUUAAUGGUGCUCCUACUCAGACCUCCCUCACAAUUCAGCAA